CAGUGUGUCGGAAGUGAGUGAAAGUGAAAUCUCUUCCACAGCUCUUAGUUAACAAGUGAACUCCAAGUACCAGGAUGUGGAUACUCGUGCUAGUACUAUUCAGCGUCGUAGUAGCGCUUCUGUCAUAUUUGGACAUGAGAAAACCAAAAAACUAUCCACCAGGUCCAAAAUGGUUACCAGUUUUGGGAAGUGCUCUAACCGUAAAUUCACUUAGAAAACAAACUGGGUAUUUAUAUCGUGCUACUAUUUGUCUAGCAGAAUCGUAUGGACCAAUUGUUGGUCUAAAAGUAGGAAAAGAUAGACAAGUAGUUUGCUGUGGAUAUAAUGCAAUUAAAGAAAUGUUAACUAAAGAAGAAUUUGAUGGACGACCACAGGGGCCAUUCUAUGAGACUAGAACAUGGGGCACACGAAGAGGUCUUCUACUGACAGACGAAGAAUUUUGGGUAGAACAACGAAGAUUUGUAUUGCGUCAUUUGCGAGAAUUUGGUUUUGGAAAAAGAACAAUGGCUGAACUUGUACAAGAAGAAGCCGUUCAAUUAGUCGACGAUUUCAAAAACAAAAUCGCUAAGUCUAAAAAUGGUACUGGUGAAGUGUUUGAAAUGAGAGACGCUUUCAGUGUGGGAGUUUUAAACACAUUAUGGUCAAUGAUGGCAAGCAAAAGAUACAAUGAAGAUGACAUAGAAUUAAAAAAUCUACAAGCUUUGUUAACUGAACUUUUUGCUAACAUCGAUAUGGUAGGUGCUUUGUUCAGUCAAUUUCCGUUUUUAAGAUUUAUUGCUCCCGAAGCAUCUGGAUAUAAAUCUUUCGUCAAUAUUCAUCAACAAGUAUGGAAAUUCCUUAAGGCAGAACUCGAUGAUCAUAAGGAAACAUUUAUUUUAAACCAACCAAGAGAUUUAAUGGACGUGUAUUUACAAAUGUUACAUUCACAAGACAAAAAAGAGAGUUAUUCAGAAUCUCAGCUCUUAGCUAUCUGUAUGGAUAUGUUUAUGGCUGGAUCUGAGACUACUAGCAAAUCUUUAGGAUUCGGCUUCCUGUACCUACUUCUAAACCCAGAAGUUCAGAAGAAGGCCCAAGAAGAAAUCGAUAGAGUGGUUGGUCGAGACAGACUUCCCACCCUAAAUGAUAGGCCUAAUAUGCCUUAUUUAGAAGCCCUCGUAUUGGAGUCGGUUAGAGUGUUUAUGGGACGAACUUUCAGUAUUCCACAUAGAGCUUUGAAAGAUACCACAUUGCAAGGUUAUCAUAUUCCUAAGGAUACAAUGGUGAUUGCAAAUUUUGCUGCAUUACUUAAUGAUGAUGACGUUUGGGACCACCCAGAUAGAUUUUGGCCAGAACGAUUUAUUGGUUGCGAUGGAAAAUUAAUUGUUCCAGAUGAAUACUUGCCAUUCGGAUACGGUAAACAUCGUUGUAUGGGACAAACACUCGCUAGAUCAAAUAUAUUUUUAUUUUCUGCUUGUCUAUUACAAAAUUUUGAUUUCUCAGUACCAGAGGGCCAAGCACCACCAAGCACAUUAGGCGUUGACGGAGUAACCCCUUCACCUGGAGAAUUCAGUGCUUACGUCAGUGUCCGUUCGUGAUAAUUAUCUAAAUUUAUAUUUAGAAUUUACGAAUUUUAGUCUUCAUUCUUUGACCUUAAAUCAAAGACAGAUUGAAAUUUUUAAUUAAAUUUUAAAUAAUAUUAUUUUUAUAUUUUUUUAUAAUAAUAUUAUAUUAUAAUACUAAUGUAGUAUAAAUAUUAACGUAUACUAUUGUAUGGUUAAAUGACUGAAUGAUUUUACAACCAAACAGUAUAUAGUAUUGUAUGGUCUAUACUACGUUUUCUGAAUCCAAAAAUGUAUUAAUAAUUUUAGUUAUAAGAUGUGUAAUAAUAAAUUGAA